AUGGAGGAGUGUAUACCUUAAAAUAUGAGUUAGGAUUUUAUUAAGAAGAAAUAUAGAGGUAAAGAAAAUUUGUCACUUAAUCGUAAUUCAACUAAAAUUAACUCAAUCACUUAAGUUAUCGAGAAAUCAUAAUAAUUUUAAUAUCUUAAAUUAUCUGUUGGAGAAUAUUGGGGAUAAAUUAAAUUAAAUAAAGCUAAUGGAAUAGGGUCAUGUCAUUUAAAUACAGGAGGAUUUUUUUAUGGAGAAUGGAAAAAUAAUGUAUAACAUGGAGUUGGUAUCUAUUUUUUUAAUAUUGGUGGAUAUAUUAAGGGAUAGUUUUAAGAUGGUAAAGCAAAUGGAUAUUGUGAAUUAUCCUAUCAAAAUGGAUAAUUAUAUUAAGGAAAUUUUAAAGAAGGUAAAUAAUAAGGAUUAGGAAUCAAAACAUGUAGAAGAGGAAAAGAAGUUGUUUAAUAUAAGGAUGGAAUGCGUAUUAAUGUAAAUGAAGAGUUUUAAUAAAAAGAAAAUAUUGAUUCAAUAUUGAAGGCUUAAUUACCUUAAAUAUAUAUUCAUCAUGAUAGAAUUGUGUAUGGAUUAUAAUGUGAUUUAACUGGUUUAGGAGUCAUUCAUUAUAAAAAUGGAAGAGUUGAUUUUGGAUAUUUUUAGAAUGGUUCAUUAAAUGGAAAGGGAAGAAUUAUAUUUAAAAGUGGAGAUAUAUAUGAUGGUCAAUUAAAAAAUGGAUUCUUUUAAGGAUAAGGUAAUUAAUUAUAUAAUAUCUAAGGGUUUUAUUUAAAUUACAAUUCAAAAUAGAUUACUGAAGGAAUAUUUGAAAAAAAUUAAAUUGUUACGAUUCAAAAUUAGGUCAUUUAAUAUCCUCCAAAAGGUGAUGAAGAACAAUGUAUUGUCGAUUAAAGAAUCACUAUUAAAAAUAUACAUCUUAAAACUAGGGGUGUUAAUGUUAAUUCUUAAUUUAAUUCAGAGAAAAAGUCAACUAAAGUAAAUAAGAUCUAAAAUUUGAUUUAACAUAUGCUUAAUCCUGUAAAAAAUAAUUUUAAAAGUGAAAUUGGUUAACAUGAAGUUGUCUUGGAUAAUUUAUUAUCAAGAGUCUAAUCUCCCUAAUAAAGAAAGAAUUUAGAGUAAAUAAUUAAUUAAGUUACAUCACCAUAAAGAAUAAGAUGA